AAGAUGAUAAAAAAUGAUUGGAGAUCACGCCUUGGGGACCGCCGAUUAAGUGAACUGAUUAUUAUAAAUGCAGUUUCCCAAAGUGUAUCAGAGUAUAACCCAGAGCUGGCAAUACAUCACUGGAACUCUAAUGGUACGAGGAAACGGCGCCCAUUCUUCAAUGAUGAGAAAAAGCCUGUCAGUGUAGAUGAAGCUCUUCAUGCUGAUGUGACCAACACUGAAGAUGACCUUCCUGAUCCAGACGCUGACAUAUUCAUCAUGGCUGAGAACAUGGAGGCCAGUGCAAACAGUGAUCAGGAUGAUGAUGAUGAAAGUUCAGAAGAUUCAGAUUCUGAAUUACAUAAAGACAUUUUACAAAUGCAAAAUAAAGCAUACAAGAUGAUGUUAGAUUUGAUGUAAACUAAAAAAACAACUUAAUAAAUGGUAUUAAAACCUG